CACGGAGCUGGUGUUCUAUUAGAUAGGGCAAAAAAAGUUGACAAAACAGAACUCACCAUCCUGUGUAACUUAAAUUUAAAAACAUACAUUUUUACUACUUUUGGAUUUUAUUUUCUACGCAGCCAAGAUGACCACGGCAGUGGUUUCGCCAUUCGACUUCAGCGAAGUAAUGAACAAGAACAACAAGAUGCUGAACUACAACAACAACAUACUGAGCUCCCCCCAUCAUGCGAUGUCCACCAACAUGUCCAUGUCCACCGGAGCCCUGCUGGACAGGAAGGCUGUGGGGACCCCCUCGCUGGGCAGAGGGGUGUCGGUGUACCACUCCGUCACCCUUCCCAGCUCCAAGUUCCACCAGAACCAAUUCCUCAACAGCCUGAAGAUAUCAGACCCCUCCUCCUGCUCCAUCACCUCAGGGUUAAUCAGUGGCAGCAACAAGGAGAACCGCAUGAGAGACCGCUCCUUCUCUGAGACGGGCGAGAGGCUCCUACAGAAGUGCCUGGGGCCAGCUAGUCCUACCAGCCUGGGAUGCCAGAGCCAGCAGCAGAGCCAGGUCAACUCCAGCCGCUACAAGACGGAGCUGUGCCGUCCGUUCGAGGAGAACGGAGCCUGCAAGUACGGCGACAAGUGUCAGUUCGCCCAUGGCAUCCAUGAGCUGCGUUCUCUCAGCCGCCACCCUAAAUACAAAACCGAGCUGUGUCGCACCUUCCACACCAUCGGAUUCUGCCCCUAUGGUCCCCGCUGUCACUUCAUCCACAAUGCAGAGGAGCGCCGUGGACCCCCUCCCGGAUCCUCCUCCCCCUCCUCCUUCUCCCUGCUCUCCUCCUCCAAUAAGCUGGAGCGUCCCCGUCUGCAGCACAGUUACAGCUUCGCAGGGUUCCCCAGCUCCGGGGGUCUGAGAGGAGAGGACAGCCCCACCUCUGUCACCCCUACACCCAUGUUCUCCCCAGACGAGAUGCCUGAGUGGUCAAGCUGCAACCCCUUCACAUACUCCAGCCAGGAGCUGGCCGACCUGUUCGGCCCCAGCCUGGGAUCCAGCGGCCCCACGGGGACCGAACCCAACACCCCUGCACCUCUGUCUCCGACCAACACCCCCUACUUCUUCCGGCCCAUGUCAGAUUCCCCCACUCAAAUGUUUGAGUCUCCGUCCAGCCCUCCGCAGGACUCUCUGUCAGACCAGGAGGGGUAUCAGAGCAGCUCAGGGGGCAGUCUCAGCGGGUCAGAGUCCCCCAGCCUGGACGCCAACAGACGCCUCCCCAUCUUCAGCCGCCUCUCUGUCUCUGACGACUAGACUGCACCUAUUUAAUGUAUGUUAUCCGACGCCUCCCAGAAAGAGAAAAUGAAUGGAAAAUGGCACUCCCUUCUACCACGUUCCCCUGCCCCCUUUCCUCCACAAAACAAUAUCAAUAUAGUUCCUAAUUUGAAUUAUAUAUAUGAAUACAGUGACUUAUUAAGGGAACUUGUUUUCAAAUCACCCCAGAAAUCUCUUCCCUGCUGUUGUUUACUCCCCUUCCCUCAUAGAAUCUACCCUGUCUUCUGUCAUAGUGCCAAAACAGGAGAGGAAAUGAAUGAACAAUGAGAAUGAUGGUGCGAGAAGGUGUUGUUUUGCCAGGUGUCACCUGUCUUUCUGUUCUUGAACACUUAGCAGUGCUAGUGGGCCUUUGGCACAGGGAGUGUAUCAUCGCACCACACACCCCACUCUUCCACCACCAUCCUCUGACGUUACCACUUCUCAAGUGCACUUCCCCGGUCUACGCUGAGCUAGCUGGAGGGUGCUCCUGAACACACCCUGUCCUCAGAUCAACCACAGCUGUUUUUACUGUAGACUUUGAGCAAAAAAAAUACAUAAACUGAAAUGAUAUGAAUAGUUUAAGUUUUAAAACAAAGUGCCUGGGGCAGUUGGUUUGUGCAUAGCAUGUGUGAGAGUUGAUUGGAUGGAUGGCCUACUGUCUGAGUGUUUUUGAUUCUUUCAACGUUGUCACAUCAUAGUUCUUCUCAAGCAUUCUUUGUUGACUCUCAUUUUAUGUAAUAGCGGAGCAGGACAGGGUCUGCAUGCAGGAAGUGACUUUGACAGACACAGGAAGCUAGUUUUCUUUUGUUUUCUCCUGUUGCUGGUCACUGGCAGUUGUGUUUCUGGGAAGGAAGGACGAGGUUUGUCUUUAAUGUCUAACUGGUUAUUAAACCUUGAAGACUAUUUGGUUUCUGUCCCUCCUCUCUAGUCCGCCUCCCUCCAUGCUGUUCUGCAGGCAGCGGGGAAUUCCAGCAUUCCCAUGGUGCAGUUCUUCUACUUCCUGCAACUUGAGAUGGGAUCUCUAAGCUAUAGUAUUUUUCCUCUUCCCCUAUAGAAUCUGGCUCUGAGGAGCAGCUGUUAUGACAUCUCCCUGCUUCUUUCUAUUGUUUUUGAUUUAUCAUUUUUUAUUGUUAUUAUAGUUAUUGUUUGUUUUAAAACUUUCCAAGCAUUGGUGCUUGUCACUGCUUAUUUAACUUAUCGAAACAUAUUUAUUGGUGAUCAUAUGCAUUUUUAGUUUUUUUGUUAAUUUUGUAUUUAUCUGGAUAAUGAACAAUAGAAUAUAUUUUCUUUUUAUGUUAAAUUAUGAUCUUCGGUAUUAAUCUAAAGAUUGUGAAGACGUUUUGUGAAUUUCCUUUUUUUCACAGUUUAAUAUAUUGUACUACAAUGACUGCAACAAUAUUUGCAACUACACUUUGUCAAAAUAAAACUUAAUUUAAAGCAAAACAAAAUACAGGACAAAAGUUUAGCGUUUUGAUUAUUUAUUUGUAGACUUUUUAAAAAUCUGUUCUCCCCAUUAUUGGACUGCAAUUCUAGCAAAAUAAUAACUGUUGUAUUAUCAUCCCAGAACUGUCCUAUCCUCCUUCACUCUUUAGAAUGUUUUCUCUGACAGUAACAGUACUUUACUGUUAGUACCUUGUUCACUCAAUUCAGCUGUUGUAUUCCUUUUGAUCUGCUUGGUUCCAUAUGGAGACCAAACAGGAUUCUCUUUCAUAAUUAUCUUGUAUCUAAAACCAAGAGGUGCAACACAUGAUGAGGAUCACCAUGUUCACUCUCACAUCCUGAUUAAGUGUAGGAAGUGUUGGGUUUAAAGGAAGGUUAUGUCUGAAUGUUAUGUAAUACAGUCAACCAAGGAUUUAGAGGAAAAAUACUGUUUAUAUUACAAGCAAUAGCGGUGACCAAAUGGGUUGAGGAGACAUCUGUGUUUUUGAUUGGAUGUUUGAUUCACUUGCAUGGUCCCCAACUGUUAUAAAGUGCCUACUUUUGAAUCCAUUCCAGUUAGCUAACUAAGGACUUUUAUAUUAAAUGAUGGAAGAUGGUGAAAUUAUGUUUGAAUUCCUUGUGCCAUGUUUCCUUAAAGUUUUGAGCAAGGUUAAACAGGAUUAUUGACACAAAGUAAAACUGUUGAAUGUAUUUUUCCAGCCAUGGGUUUUCACUACAGUCAUUUCUGAGUUUAUAUUAAAAGCUGAUUUAUCUUUUUGUAACUAUUGAUUGCAGUUAAAACCAAUAAACCCUGUAUUUUUGAAA